GUUUUCCGUAGAUGGCUUCGUCUUCAUCAUCAUCAUCUCCGAUGCCGGAUACUAUAACCGCAAUGGACGAGGAGCUGACUCUAAUAGUGAAAUGGAGCGGAAAAGAGUACACACUCCGAAUCUGCGCCGACGACUCCGUCGCUGAGCUGAAACGUCGCAUCUGCUUCCUCACCAACGUCUUGCCCAAACGCCAGAAGCUUCUUUACCCUAAAGUAGGAAACAAGCUCUCCGACGACUCUCUUCUCCUCUCCCAGAUCCCUCUCAAGCCUUCUCUCAAGAUGACCAUGAUCGGUACAAUGGAGGAUGAUAUAAUAGUGGAUCAAGUAACAUCGGAUGACGUUGUUGAUGACUUUGAGCUUGGUAAGGAGGAAGUUGUUGAUAUUGAGGAUAAAGAGGUUAAUAAGCAGAAGCUUAGGAGGAGAAUUGCUCAGUACAAGAUUAAGCUUGUGAAUCCAUGUCGCAAAGGCAAGAAACUGCUUGUUCUAGAUAUUGACUACACUUUGUUUGAUCACCGUUCCACUGCCGAGAACCCGUUGCAGCUUAUGCGUCCUUAUCUUCAUGAGUUUCUUACUGCUGCUUAUGCAGAAUAUGAUAUCAUCAUAUGGUCUGCCACUAGCAUGAAGUGGGUUGAGUUAAAGAUGGGAGAACUUGGUGUGUUGAACAAUCCAAACUACAAGAUCACUGCACUUCUCGACCAUCUAGCCAUGAUCACGGUUCAGUCAGACACUCGUGGGAUCUUUGAUUGCAAGCCUCUAGGCUUGAUAUGGGCACUAUUACCUGAGUUCUACAACGCCCAAAACACAAUCAUGUUCGAUGAUCUGCGAAGGAACUUCGUGAUGAACCCUCAAAACGGUCUUAAAAUCAGGCCCUUUAGGAAAGCUCAUGUGAACCGAGACAAGGAUGACGAGCUUGUGUUGCUGACUCGGUACCUUCUGGCAAUAGCAGAGCUUGAUGAUUUGAGUUCUUUGGAUCAUAGCAGAUGGGAGACAUUUUCAGAAGAUAACGUCAAAAGGCGCAGGCAUACAUAACUUUCUUUUAAACUUAUUGCUGUCAUUGUUUAGAUAUGUUGUUGCUGGCUACUUAUGUUUCCUGGUUUAGAAAUACAAUCAGUUUUUUUUUUCUAACAUUAAGCAUCAGUGACUAAUAAUCAAAUUAUGACAUCAAUUCUAC